CGCUAGUUUGAAAAACGCAACAGAUAUGGAUGUAUUGCUUUAUAUUUCAUUGGUUUCGAUAUUAGCUGGAUUUGCACGUGGUGACUGCAAUUCGAAUGGUGAUCUAGGUUCUUAUGAAUGCGUUCCUUUGGAACCGUACUACCACAAGCAUCAAUGGGCAACAUGCCUUACCGACCAGUAUAUUCAAACGUACUCAAAGGGAAAACACAUUUGUAUGUUUCAUGCGACAUACUGUUGGUAUCAGUGUAUGCUAGAAGUACACAACAUAGAGGAUGGUCCUGUAUAUAACGACUGUGCAUGCGGACCAGAUGCCCCGCCCAAUGUUACAACACAACCGACCGUUGUGACACCAGCUAUCCCUGAUUGGUGUUUCAGCCCAUCUGGAACAGAAUGCAGCUGGUACAGGAAUUGUCUAGAGAAACGGUAUCCAUGUAAGGAAGAGGGCAAUUCCUAUGCUAUUGAUUAUGCAGAGAAGUUUUGCAAUUUGUAUCAAAUCCAUUAUUCAGAAUUUAACUACAAAGGACAGCAAUGGAUCGAUGCAGUUAGGAAAUGCCUACAAGUUAAACUUGUGCCCAUCCUUAGACCAUUUGUAAAGGCGACGUGCGAAGGAAUCAAACAAACUGCAUUUGAUUCUCAUCCUGGUUGUUACCUCCACCCUGAUGAAGGCAAGCCUUCUAUUUGUGACAUAGGUUUCGCAAACUGGGCACGAGUAUUUUGGACUGUUAAAAGCGCAGUCAUUCAAGAUGCAAGAGCGACCUUUAAACAGAUGUUAGAUGUUGUACAGGGGUGUGGUACUGAAUUACUGAACAAUGGGAUGGAACUUAUAAAGCUAAAAUUGAAGCAGACGAAAGAUAUAGUACAAAGAAGUUUAGAUGAAAUUGCAGAAAAUGUUUCAGGUAUAAUUUCAGAGAAAAUGAACUGGUUUGAAAGAGGGAUUAUGCAUUUCGGAUACCCAGCGCAAGACGGAUCAAAUCGUAAGAAGCGCGCCACUGACAACGACACUGAUAUUGACAACUUUUACAUCAACAUACUGAUAGCUGCAAGAUCUGAAUUUGAUCUGAACGCCAAAAACAUCUCUUCCGCAAACGUAUCAGCUGAGGCAAUUGACGUUGCAAAAGCGAUAGAAAACGGUGAUGUGCGAGUCAAGAUAGAAGAUGGAUUGGAAUUUACGGAACUGAGUGUUUGCUCUAACUACAACUGCACUGAAACCUCUCUACAAGUUACCCCAGCUCCACCGGAGGAGACAGAAAACGAUGGUGGUAAUCAUGUAACCACCGUUAUCAUUAUUGUAGUUGCGGCUAUAUUUGGUCUAGCCCUAGUGGUAGUGGUCGUAAUUGUGAUGCGAAAAAAGUGCUAAAUUGAUAUUUUUUCUCCCAUACAUAAGAAUAGUUUUAGAACGCUGUUGGGUCUGCUGACUGUAUCAGGAAAACAAUCACAGUUAUUAAUAACAGUAUUACAUCUUGUAUUUUUCCAGAUGAAUUGGUAGAAGCUAAAGCAAUGCCAGUUUUCAAAUCCGGUGAUAAAAAUGAGGCUAAAGGGUUGCUAAAGUCAUUCUAGAGAGUCCUCAGUGUUAUCCUUCAGCUGAGCUUCAUAGAGAACAUUUUAUCUCGUUACCUUUCCUUGGUAGGUGUAAAUACCACACGGCAGUACUAGUUUUCAAAACAAUAAGUAAUAUGGCACCAAGAUGUAGAUCUAUUUUGGAAUUGUUGACUGUUUCAAACAAUCAAAUAUUGAAGUUGAGAUCAUGUUCAGAUGAAGACAUUCCAUUAUAUACAAGACCUAGCACAAACUAUCGUGAACGUUUGCAAUAAUAUAAUAAUGUACCUAUAACUAUUCGCAACGUAAAUUGUCUUAAAUGCUUUAAAGAAACGUAAAAGAUAUAUCUUAAUAGCAUUUUACAGAAUA